AUGGCAUAUUCACGUGUCCAUGUGGAUGCAGACCAGUUAAUUGCUGAGAUUCAAACCAGACCAGCACUCUAUGAUCUCAAAUCUCCAGGAUAUUCAAACAAAUUUGUAAAAGACCGCCUCUGGGAAGAUGUGUGCAAUGCCGUCUUCAAGAACUGGGACAGACUGGACAGCGAUGAAAUAGCUGACAAAGGGUAUCCCAACAUCCACAACAUGGAACAAGAUUUACAGUUUUAUCAUGCAGGGCUGAAAAAGGAAUUAUAUUACAACAUAGUAAAAAAGGAGACAAUGACCAAAGAAGCGAUCCAUGAAAAUAACUUGCUUCCCAGGAACACUGCCAAUAUCACGAUAGAUGGCACCACUUGUAUUCUUUUUGGAUUUAAGAGAAUUAUAAUCAAAUUCAAGAACCAGACUCAGCUGGAUAUGACAAAUAUGAACUUCAGUCUGUAUGAUUCUGUGGACCUGGAGGACUCAAGCUGUAAUGAAGAAAAUACCACACUUUCAUUGAUAUUUCGUAAUGUUGCACGUAAGAAGGAACUUACUUUAAGAUUUUUACUGGUGAAAAGUUACUACAAACUUUCGGUCCAGAAUUGGUAUAAAUUACAAAGCGUUCAGAUCCUCUUCAACCAUACUGUGCAAGCAACGUUCAACAGCACCAAAAUAUUUGCUCCAAUCAGCUAUUCUUACCACUGUCAGCAUGUGAGCAGCCUGCAAAAAUACGAUGCUCUGUUAGUUCCCAGCUGUGAAGAUAACAACUCGGCACUCUGGGAUGUCACCUUCCUGGAUUUUCAGAUACAAGGAUUUAACAUCGAAGAAGGAGAGUUUUCUUACGCCAAAGACUGUACAACUUACUUUUCUCCAGCUAUUCUUAUGGGCCUAGUCAUGUCACUUAUCCUUCUACUAGUCCUUGCAUAUGCUCUUCACAUGCUGAUUCAUCUAAAAUCUAUGGACAGGCAUUACCAGAGGAAAUGUUCUGCCACCUACUUCCCUAAAACAAAAGACAAUUAUCUGGAAGACGAGAGAGAGCCCCUCAGAGGCUGCGGACAAGAGUUCUAUGAACUAAGACAGCCAGAGUACUGUAGACUAAGCAUUCAGCAGUGUGCAUCUGUUUCUCAUUAGCUCUAUAAUUGACCAUUGUUUCCCUUUGUGUAUUUCUGUUAUUUUGAUUUCACAUUAAACACAAUUUCCAAGAAAUGACCCCCCUCCCUCCCCAAUAAAGGCAUUAUAAAAUAAACUCUUGUGCAAUGCAGUCACUCCAGAGACCGCGACCCUAGAACACUCUUGUGAAACUGCAGAGCGUUCUGUCACCAGAACAUGUUGAAUAAUUGUUGGCCAAUGUAUGUUGUGGAUGUGUU